AUGCUUUCAGAUGCAAUCCUAGGCCAAGAGAUCGUGCCCAUGGCACUCCGUUUGAGUGGUCAACUAUUAUUGGGAGUAUGUAGGAUUUAUAGUCGUAAAGCCAAGUAUUUGCUCGACGACUGUAACGAAGCAUUGUUGAAAAUCAAGCUGGCCUUUCGACCCGGGAUUGUAGACAUGACUGAAGAUCAACUACAAGUACCUAGAAACGCCAUUACUCUUUCUGGUGACGGUAUUGAUAUUGAUCUCCUCAUGCCAGAUAUGAAUUGGGACUUGGACUUUGUUGUUUCACAGGUAUCUGGGACUCAGAACCUGGCACGACCGGGCGAUAUCACACUUGCCAACGUCGGCGAUAUUACACUUGCCCUAGACGACACGGGAUACGGAUUUGAUCUCGGGCCCCUUGAUGGGAUUGGCUCCCAAGAUAUCGACUUUGACUUGGGUCUGGAUUUAGAUGGGGACAAGGCACUCAGCACCAAAGACGCUGAUGGCGACGAAACAAUGAGCCUUGAAGCUCCCCGAGACGCCCCGGCUCCUCGUUCAGCUCGUGAAUCGCUUGCGUCCGCCUUCCUGGGCCGUGGGGACGAUGAUUUGGAACGUCUCACGCAGCGAAGUCGUAGCAAGACCCGUGAAUUGACUCUCGAGCCUGAGAAUACCACCGGGUUUGACCUGGGUAUGGAUCUAGACAUUGGAGGGCUGGAAGGAGGGCUCGACCUGGGAAUCGGAUUUGAUGAGCCGGCGGCUCUAACUCCAGGUCCCAUUCCCGGGGAGACCCCUGCUACCCCUGCUGGCCCCGAGGAUACCACCCAACUUGAAGGAGAAAAGACCCCACUUGCCGAUCGAUCGCGCGCAUCUACACCUCUAUCUGAGCCUCCCCCAACCCCUGGCGCAGGCGAUGUACUCCCUGGUAUCACCGCAAAGACCGCUGAGCAAAUCUCCAAGAAGGCCGAGGAGACUGCAAAGCUCUCUGGCAGGAAAAAGACCACCGCUAAAAGAGUGGUUGUUGAUAGCGUCGCGGAACUUGUUGACGAGAGACGGGGUCGACGGGACGAAGACCUCAGUGCGAUUCAAACCGAGCAACAAUUCCUUCCUAAUAAUACUACGGUUGCGAGGCUCCUUGAGAUUCGUGCCGACCCCAUCGCUCAUUUCUUGCCAACCAAGACUACGCCCAAUGGUACCUUCUUCUGCGCAGCUCCCCCUGGCCUCCCACCCGCUCUCGCCGAGAUGUUCAUGUUCCCCACUACCAACCUACGCCGAGCUCGUGGUGCUACUCCGGUUGCCACCCCGGGAGCCCAAGCAGAACGAGACGAAGAGGAAGACAUCCGCACACCAAAGCGUGCACGCAUAUCCGUACCGGGGGAAGAGCCCGAAGUCGAAUACGGUAUGCACCGUGAGCCGAGUGAACGUGCACCGAGCGAACGGCCAUCUUUUGGACCAGAUGUCACACUUCCGAUCAGUGAGGGCCUUGGUGGGCUGGGUGACGACCAGCCAUUUGAUCUUGGCGACAUCACGCUGGACAUAAGCAUGGGCAGACAACCCUCUAUGCCCAAGUCUCGAGCCCAGUCUGUGGCAGGUGACGAUGACGUUCGAUCUCGGUACUCUACUCCUGGACCCGGGCGAACUUUUGACGAUGCCGAGUGUGCGAUUGCUACAUUUGACCAUCGUACCAGGGGUGCCGAAAGCCAAACUCAGACGAGUGAGAGCGAUAUUGUGGGAGAGGGCCAGGUUAAAGGCGUGAGCAAGAAUACUGCCAAGGCGAUUGCACUUCUUCAGGAUCGGCUGCAACCUGACGAGGCUGAGGAAGAAAAGGUCCUCAGCUUUGCGCAGGUGUCUACCAAGGCUACCCGUCGAGCUGCAUCCGCAUUUUUCUUCGAGUUGUUGCUCUUGAGUACCCGUGACUGCGUGAAGGUGUCACAAGAGUCCGAGUUUAGCAAUAUCGAAGUACGUGCGAAGGAUCGCUUGUGGGAACAACAUGUGCCAGCUCCCGGUGAGGUGGACCCAGGGCGUGAAGCGACUCCUAGUGCCUCUUCUGUGAUUGAAGGAGAAAUGGAUUGA